UAUUGCGCCCACCUUAACCAAAGUCCACCAUCCAACGGCCCGAAACACACGACUCAGAGAUAGAGAGGUCGAGCGACAGAAAAGAAGAGAUUUAUCGAUUGAUUUGUCCAUCAGAAUUUUUUUUCCUGCACAUCCAAGAACUCCAUCUCUGACGACUGACCGUCUCCUCGUCUCUGCUUCGAUCCUAACGACGUCGUCUCGUUUCGUCGUAAUUACCAAACCAGACGUUGUGUUCCCGCCGGAUUUACUUCGUCUCGUCUUUUUUUGUGCGGUUGAGGAAGAGAGAGAAAAACCGCUAGACGCCGGCCAAACGGAAUUUAGGGUUUUGAGGGCUCGAUUUGGGGGUUUCUAUGGGGCUCGGGAGCGAUGAAGAGGUCGUCGUUGAAGACAGCGAUGGUGUUGGUGGUGGCGGUGGUUGUGGAGGCAAGUCGUACGGAGGCUCUGUCUCCUGCUCGAUUUGCCUUGAAGUCGUCGCCGAUAAUGGGGACAGAUCUUGGGCCAAGCUGCAAUGUGGGCAUCAAUUUCAUCUAGAUUGCAUUGGUUCAGCCUUCAAUAUAAAGGGGGCAAUGCAAUGCCCUAAUUGUCGGAAGAUCGAGAAAGGUCAAUGGCUUUAUGCUAAUGGAUACCGUUCAAUUCAAGAAUUUGGCGUGGAUGACUGGACCCAUGAUGAAGAUCUUUAUGAUCUUGGUUACUCUGAAAUGUCCUUUGGUGUUCACUGGUGUCCAUUUGGUAGCUUAGCACGACUUCCUUCAUCAUUUGAGGAAGGGGAGUUCUCGCCAACUUCAUAUCACGAUUUACUUGGACAACAUGCCAUCUUUGCUGAGCAUACAGCUGUAUCAUCUGCUGGUCAUCCUUGCCCAUAUAUUGCUUACUUUGGGCCAAUUCACCCGUCAUCCUCAAACUCCAGUGGAAGUGUGUCAGAAGCUUCCAACUUUAACCAUCAUUGGAGUGGCACAUCAGUACCUAGUGAAAUACCAAACUCCUAUGCUUUUCCUGCCAUGGAUCUUCAUUAUCACAGUUGGGAGCACCAUUCCCCGCCUCCAUUUUCUACAACCAACAAUCAUAUUGGUGGCGCUGAGCAGGGUUCAAUUCCAUCUGUUACUCAAAGAUCUGCUAGGCCGAGUUCAGAUUUACCAAGAUCAGGAUCUUUUAUGCACCCAUUCCUUGUUGGUCACAGUUCUAGUGCUAGAGCUGGCAGCUCUGUCACAUCCUCAAUGAUUCCUCCUUAUCCAGGCAGCAAUGCCCGGGCCCGUGACAGAGUCCAAGCUCUCCAGGCAUACUAUCAACAACAACAACCUAGUAAUUCACCAACCAUGCGUACACCCAUAAUUCAAGGAGCCCGAAGAUCUAGCAGUCAAAGAGGCGUGGCUCAAGUAGGGCCAGUGGCUUCAUCAUCGGAUCAAAAUGGUGGUUUCUAUUUUUUUCCCUCUGCCUCAUCAGGUCGUAAUUAUCAAGAAGCUGAAAAUCCUUUACCUAAUCGUUUUCAUGCAUGGGAAAGAGAUCACUUGCCUUCAUUCUCGAUGAAUCAGGUUGACCGAGACCAAGGUUGGGCUGCUGUUCACCAGGGUGGCAGUGGGUCAGACUCAGCGAUGAGAGGGAGCAGCUUCCGGCAAAGGCAUGGGUCCGAGAGGACACCUUCACAAAAUCGGUCAUAGGCCUUUCUCAUUAUCCUUGUUUUGGUGAAGCAAACUACCACUACUAUAACUGAAAUCAAAAGUUAUGUAUGCUUGAAAAACGAUAAUAUUAUAAUGCUUGGUGUCUAGUCAUGACCUGACAGACUCCAAAAAAUACUGUGGCGUGGCUCUGAAAAUGAUCUUUGCAGCCACAUGGUGGUGUGAUGGACUUAAGCUUCCUCUAGUUUCUUCGCCUUGAGGAUAUGAAAUAAGAUCUCGUUUUGGAUGUGGCAAAGCUAGAAAUUGAGCACUCUGACGACCCACAAAAACGCAAUUCUUCAGGAUAAAGUAAACAGUGGGUCAUUUAUUUAUGUCCAAAAACAUAUUCCUCAAAUGCAAAUGCUUAUGAGUGGUUUCAACUUUUGAACAAUUAUUGGUAUACAAGAACUCAAAUCUUUCCCAA